AUGGCCCAAGAAACACCAGAAAUCAUCUUGUCCCUGGCGGCAGCAUACCCCCACGACCCAAAACACCUUGACGCCAUUCUCGUCCCCCAGCUAGCCCACCGUCUCCGCCUGACGACCUUGUGGUCCAUUGCCCCGUCCUCCCGCGUGCUCGACAUCGGAUGCGGACAGGGCGACUCCGCUCUCGUCCUGUCCCACGCCGUGGCACCGGAUGCCACCUCCACCCCCGGCUCCGGCUCCGGCUCCGGCCCCGCCGCUGAACCAGGCCAUGUGACGGCGCUGGACCCCGCCCCAGGCGACUACGGCAGCCCGUACACGCUCGCCCAAUCCCAAUCGUACAUCCUGAAAUCGGAACGCUACGGCCCCAGAAUCACCUUCCAUCAGUCCGACGCCCCGUCCUAUCUCGCCUCCCACCCCCUGGAGAGAUUCGACUCCGCCACCCUUUGCCAUUCGCUAUGGUACUUCCCUUCCCGUGACGCCGUCGCGGGCCUCUUCGACAGCCUUUACUCCUCGGGCCGGAUCGACAGGCUCUGUUUCGCCGAGUACUCCCUGAAAGCAACCUCGCCAUCGCAGGUACCCCAUGAGCUUGCCGUCGAGGCCCAGCGCCGCUUUCAUAGCCUCCGCGAAGACCGCGGGUUCACGCUUAGCCAGUCCAACGUCCGUGGCGCCCUUGAUCCGGAGGAGCUUAUCCAUCUGGCAGAAAAGGCCGGGUGGAAGCUCCAUGAGAAGGGUGCCGUUGAAACCCCAGGGAUGCUAGACGGGCAAUGGGAAGUCGGGGCCGUACUGGCGCCCGAUUGGGUCGAGGAGUUGACGAAUGAGAAACUUGGACCAGAGGCGGAGGAGGAGUUGCUUGGAUUUGUAGCUAAGAUAAGAGCGGCUGCUGAUGAACUGAGGCAGAAAGGAGAUAAAAUAGCGACGAUGGACGCCACGUGGGUUGUCAUGCAACGUUAG